CCUUGGUGAAUGCACUGAGAGGGAGGCGGAACAAGAAAUCUACAAUGACUGGGGCGUGAUUUCCAAGACGACACGUGAUAUUGCAGGAUCCUUUGUAACAACUUAAAAGUCGCCGGCAGCCUGGUCCGCGUACCAGAGAAAGGCUGCCUGCUGUUCCCUCAUUGAUCGCUGCAGACAUGACUGACCUGACAGAAGCCGACAAAGGCCAUGUUCGCAGCAUCUGGCAGAAGCUGUUUGCGGAUCCCGAAGCAAACGGCAGGACAGUUGUGUUGAGAUUGUUCACAGAUCACCCUGAAACAAAGAAGUACUUCAAAACUUUUAAGAACAUUUCAACUCCAGAAGAAAUGCAAAAAUCGACUCAGAUCAAGAGACAUGGUAAGGCAGUGAUGAACCGGUUGAAUGACAUCAUGGAGAAUCUGGAUGACUGGAAUGCAGCCUGUGUCAUUUUGACAAAGUUGGCAGAAAGGCACAUUUAUCAGCAUAAAGUGGAGGUACAGAACUUUCAGGUUAUAUUUAAUGUAAUCAUCAACAUUCUGACAGAGUCAUUGGGAACCAGCUUUACACCUGAGAUCCGUGAAUCCUGGCAGAAGUUGUUUAAAAUAAUUUACAAUUACCUUGAGAAUUGCUACAAGGAACUUGAAGCUGCUUCCUAGAUUGCUGUAACUUUCACUGUGCACAUGUUACUACUCCAACAAUUGAUGAAUUAAUUGCCUAUUAUCACUAAACUAUGUAUGGCACAUAUUAACAUAACCAGAAUUUUAAUACAUUUUAAACUAAAGUUGGUGAAUAAAGAACCAGGAAUAUCAUCAAAAUAUCUAUUAAUCACCUCUCUUGUUCAAAUUGCAUCAAAGUAAGAAGUAAUUUUUUGGAUUAUUUGAUCAACUAGCAUAAUUUUAAAACUAACAUUUAAAUAUGUUUUAAAGUAAAGCACAUUUUAAUUCAAAAGACACAUACAAACCUUUAUCAGUUUCAUGUGUUAUGAUGAAUGACUUCCCAAAGAACUGUGGUAUGAUAUGGAGCAGCACACAAAAAGCUGCAGGGUCAGGAAGCAUCUAUGGAGAGAAGUGGACAGUCAAUGUUUCAGGUCAAGCUCCUUCAUCUGGACUGUCCAUUUCCCUCCAUAGAUGCUGCCUGACCUGCUGAGUUCCUCCAGCUUUUUGUGUGUGUUGCUCCAGGUUCCAGCAUCUGCAGUCUCUUGUGUCUCUAUUGUGGUAUGAUAUGCUCCAUUCCAAAUAUAUUAUACCCAUUCCUUUUAAUCUGAAAUUUGUACACUCCAUGUCCCUUCAAAUCUGGUUAUUUUUCAGCUUGGACUCCCUCCAGCAAUUUUAUGACUCUUUUCUCAUAAGGCUUACACCUGGGAAGGAGACGCUGUAGGUCCUUAUUGUGUCAAGACUGUUGAUACAAGCAAGGUGCUGCUGACUCUAAACUAUUUGUGCUCUGUAACAAUAUGUUGCUCAGAUUUUUUAGUGUUGCUUACAAUAAUUACUGUCAAUUUCUAACCUAUCUGUGCACAUUGAGGAUGGAUUGUAGUUUGACACAGUCUUGACACAGAAUAUGAGAUCCAGUACCUGGAUUUGAAUAUAACUUGUUUUACUUUCUCCCUUCUAUUCUGUAAUCCGUAAUUGAAUCAUUGGAAAAAAAUAAGUAUAGAGAGAAAAAAUAUUCAAAAUGUGAAGCUUGUAAUGCUUAUACAGAAUGAUUGAGUGUGUAGCUGAUUAAAAUAUUAUAAACAAAAUAGAAUUAAAAGAAAAAAAGCACUUGCUUGAAAUAUGAAAUGAAAAUAAAAAAAUACUGAGAAAUAUUCAGCAGGUCAGGUGCCAAUGGAACUGCUGAAAUGUCAUCACCUUGAUAUGUUAACUCUUCUUUUCUCUCCAUCAAUGCUGCCUGACCUUCUGAAUAUUUCCAGCAUUUUCUGCUUUUAUUUCAAAAUUAUAUACCUGUUGGAAUUGUUUGUAUUCUUAAUUUGAGGAACCAGCUUUUUGUACAGUUAUUAUCCCCUCAUAUAAUGCAGGAUUAUAACUUGAAGUUUAUGUGUAUCCUGUUUUUAAAGCCUGUGUCAACAAUUAAUUCAAAAUAAUGUUAUGCACGUUAUUCAAAUAGCCAGAGAAUUAUUUCAUGCAUGUUAUCAUCUGAUAUUAUAGAUGAUGUACAAUUUAUUUCAUGAAUAUAAUGAUUUUUAAAAUCUAAAUUAUAUCUUUUUGAAUAUAUAUUUACCAAUAUUCAUACAACAGAGGAAUGUUAUUUUAUUUUAUCAAUUGAACUCAGUUUAUAGUAUUCAAUGUUAUUUCCAAAAUGCUGGUUGGUGUAGGAGAACUUGUAAGCUUGUAUUUACUUAAGUGCAAUAAAAACUUGUUGCUCAUAAUGUUUAUCUUCA